AUGUUAUUCGUCAAUAGUGAAAAAGUCUAUUUCCGCCGUCCAACAACUCAAAAACAAUUCAACCGAUUCACCAAACAUUGGAUCCGUGGGUCUAAUCCAAGACUUCGAGACAUGUCUCUAUCAAUCGAUAAUUCGGCGAGCAGAGAUGCUCUUCUGAAAGGUAUUCAUUGUGUUGAUGUGCCAGAAGAAGAGCAAGAAGAAAUCUGUCGUAAACACAAAACUGUCAGUGAUGACAUGGUUAAGAUCAGACGGAACGACGGGACACCUGCUGUGAUUGCGACCACGGAUUUCAAUAAUGUUCUUCAUAUCCGUUUCCUCGUCUUUUACUAA